CCGGCCAUAACUCUAGUCUGUGAAUCGAUUGUCUGUGCAUCUAUUUCCUUAGCGUAAACUUGUGAAAAAUAAAAAGUUUCAUUAACGAAUUCAACAAAACGGACUUUAAAACGUAACUACGACUGCAUUGUAGACGAUUCCUAAAAGGAACGUCCUGCAGAUCGACGGAACGGUUGCAGUGUAAUAUCCUUGAUGAGUUUCGGGACACGUACAAUUCACGAGAUAUCCCACGCGUACAAUCUGCGGUGGGCGACGUGGACGCGUCGCGUUUUAGCGUCGCGUUAUCUCGUCGCUUGAUAAACAAGAUAUAAUCGCGGUGGUUCUUCGAAACGCAUAACUCUUGCACAUCCGGAUGCACGUGUACACUUUCGUUCUCUACCAGUGAUCGUCACGCGAAACGUCUCGUGGUGUCGGACGUUUCAUCAGGAUUUUUCGCGGCUUUUUCGUUCACGAGUGGUGCUAGUCAGGAAGUUGUGUGUGUGUGUGUGUGUGUUACGAGCCGCGCGUAGUCGGAUGCAUUUUGUGUCAAGCGGCAAGUGACCGGUGUUUUUACGCUACGACGAUGGAGGACAUGACGAUACCGAACAACACAGCGGACGGGGUCGAUUACACGUCGCUGUUGGGCUCGCUGAUGCUCGCCGCCACGGUCACCCUCGUGAUCGGCUACAUCAUCGGCCGAGUGACCCGCAAGCUUCACAACCGGUCGAAAGAGAGAGAUGCGACAGAGACGGCUAGCCUUAAAAACCAGUUCGAGACGCAACCACCAAGCGCCGAUCAGCAAUCAGCCCCUGCCGGCAACAACACAACGGGCAAGCAACGUGCGAAAAGCCAAAAACGGCGGGAAGCGCAGCAAAUGUUUCAAAACUCAUGGCUGAUUGGUGCGUUGAAAGGGCACACUGGCCUCAUCCUCGAUAUGGAUUUGUCUCAAAACGGCAAAUACCUCGCGAGCUCUGCUGAAGAUUAUGGAUCGAGGAUUGCAAUCGGACCAAUGACGUUGACGAAAACCAGUGCCGCUGGCUUAAACCGUUUUGGCGCUGACUGUACAGGACAUAGACCGGUAUUCAUCGGCUGCCUACUCAUCUCCGAACAAACUUUGUUUAAAAUUUUAUAAUCAAGAAAUUCCUCCAUAUUUUCUAAUCGAAGAUUUAGCUUUCAGCACAAAGAUAUUAAUUCUAGUUUAGCAGUAACCCAUCAAUUCAUCAAGAAUUGACUAGUGAUAUCUAGGGAAUAUGUACUCUUCUCUCCAUAACUCUUAAGCCUAGCUCA